AUGAAUGGGGAGAGUUCUGAUCAAGUUGUAUGUAGUAACUGUGAAAUAACAUUAGUUCCAGCCGAAAAUGUGUAUUUACGAUGUGAAAGUUGCCAUGAACGUGGAUUGAUUGUGAAUCUAUGUGUUACCUGUUUUCGAAUGGGUGCAGAGUGCGGUCCUCACAAACGUGGACAUGAGUUCAUUAUUGCAGAUCGUAAAGGGCCCUCAAUAUUUCCAACAACUUCUGCCAACUGCUGGGGUUGGAAAGAAGACUUGAAAUUAAUUCAAGCAGUACGUAAGCAUAAAUUAGGCAAUUGGGAGGAAAUUGCAUCAGAGUUGUGUACUAAUAAAACUGCUGAAGAAGCCAGAAAACAUUUCGAUCAGUUUUUCAUACGCGGUGCCCUUGGUCGAUAUGCUGCUGGUGUCAUUUCUUGGCAACUCAGUGUUUUUACUUUUAGGCCGUCUAUUGAUGAUCAUACUGAUAAAAAAGAAACUUCACAGUCUGACUCACAUUUAAGUAGCGGAAGACAUGCAAUAAAUAGUUCAGAUUAUCAGUAUGUCACAGAAUUUUUUCGAAACUGGACUGAACCUGUAAAUUUGGACGAUCCGAAUUGGUUCAAGCAGUUUGAGGAGCCCUUAGUAAAGUUUAAGCGUGAAUUUUAUUCAGUGAUUCCAAGUUCAUCGAAGGAUAUUGACAGUGCUCUGCAAAUCGUUCCUAAAACAAAAGAAAGUUCAUGUUUGAAACCUAUAACAAUAUCACCAGUUUCUGUUGAGUUUUUCAGAGUAGAUAGCCAAGGAAAACAGAAGCGAUUACAUUCUAUGAGUGAUUUUGAUGAAAGUGAAAACGAAAAGGCCACCAAUUCAGAUAGUAGUAAUAUUUGUGAAGAUAAAGUUGAUAGUCUUUCAACUGCAGUGAGCAGUAAUGUGAAUCCUUGUGCGAGUAGUGCCUUGCGAAAUACAGAAGGAGAAACUGGUCCUGAAAUAUCCUAUGGAAGAAAACCAAUAUUACGUUUGAAGCGUGUUGGGAGGAAUUGGCGUGCAAAAAAUGAUGUAAAUAAAAAAAUAUCGGAAGAAAUCUCUGUAGGAAAAACUGUAAUCAAAAUAAAUGAGGACGUGAAAAACCAGUUGAGGAAAAUUUACCCGGAACAGUUUUAUGCAAGCACGUCAGUAUUACCCUUUGGUGCUGAAGAACGCUCAAGACUAAAAGAUGAUGAUCUUCAAUUAUUAGGGUACAUGCCCGAACGCGAAGAUUUUGAGCUAGAAUUCAAUAACGAUGCUGAAAAAUUAAUCAGUCGCUUAACAUUGCAACCAGGAAGUGAUAAAGAUGAAGAUAGAGCUUUUGAAGAUGCUGUAAAAUUAACAAAAGUGGAGAAGUAUAUUCGAGUUUUGAAACAAAGAAAGGCGAAAAAAGCGGCAAUCAGAGAAUACGAGCUUGUAAAUCAAUUUUUUGACAAGAUUAAAAAAAUAGAAGAAACUCGCCGAUCUGUUUUAUAUAAUCAACAAUCUUCGUCUUCAACAUGUCAACAAGAACGGCUUCAUUCAUUUAUGAAAAAAACCUGUCAAGUUGCAACAAAAUCAGAACUACAACAGUUACUCAACGCAGUUACAGGCUAUAUCAACUUAAAUGAAAAGAUUAUGAAUUUGGAAAACCUCAAAGCAGACGGAGUAACAGAUUUAAAAGGACGAAAUAAAGUUAUCAGUGAUGGAUGGAAAAGUAAGCGUAGACGUCGUCCUCUUCAUGCUAAUGAAGUGCUCCGGAAGGCUCAUUUGCGUUGGGAACGUUUCAAACGCUGGAGUAUGCAACAGGCGGCUGAAAAUGGGUCACUAGAGUCUGACGCUUAA